CUCUCCCCUCAUGCCGAGUUUGGAAAAUGGCAUCCGCGGCGUCACAUUUGACCUAGACGACACGCUGUGGUGUGGAAAAGAGACCCUUCGAAGAGCUGCCCAAGUGUUCCAUGAGCACCUGGAACGUUCGUAUCCUCUCAUCACGCAGUCGCUUUUCGAAACGACUUGGGCCUCUGUCAUGGCAGCAUCUGCGAUGCGGGAUUUCACUGCGCUUCGCCAAGACACUCUGAUUAAAUGUGCGAGAAGCGUUGGCUACGAGCAACUCGACAAUGUCGUCGCUACGUCGAUGCACACAUUCCUCGCAGCACGAAGCUCGCCCGUGUUGUUUGAAGGCGUUGAACGUGUGCUCCAACGACUACAGAUGCGACUUGGCGUCAUCACAAAUGGCAAUUGCCAACGCAAGUACCUUCCCCCCAUCCUUCGAGGUGCGUUUGGCGACGUUUGGGUCGCCCCAGACUCUUCGAACGGCUACAGCAAACCACAUCGCGGUGAGUACACUAGUCCUUCGAUCAAUGGAUGACGCACACGAUAUGCAUAGUUUUGUUUGAACGCGCGUUGUCGUUGCUGAAGCUGGACGCGUCGCAUGUGGUGCACGUCGGCGACGACUACAUCUGUGACAUCACAGGCGCAAAAGCAGUUGGCAUGCGAACCAUUUGGAUCACUUCUGACCCUGUGGACGCGUCCAUGUACCCCGACGCCGAUGCAAUUGUCCGUAGCAUUGCAGAAAUCAUCGCGGUGCUCGAGACCUGGUCAAACGUCAAAUGGUGACCUCCAAUGACUUAAUCUACCACGCUCUCUCGUCCUCAUAAUCAACAAGGCAGUGCGCGGCGGGUAAAAUGGCUCACUGUCUCAACCGCGAUGCUUCCCGCGGUC